UUUUUUGUGUGCAAAAUACACACGUGGCUGCUUGUGUGCCUUUCUUUUCUUUCUUUGGUCUAUAACUAUAUCUUCUCUCUCGCUGUGUUUAAUACUAUCAUCAAGACAAUUCAAACAAGCUCACUUCAACUCUGAUCAGAUCUUCAAGAAAAUAUAUAUACACAAAAUUAUGAUUCCAAAGGUGCAAGAGAGCAGCAGCAAGGGGAGUGACUUCACCUCAACAUCAACAUGGUCGAGGCUGAAGGAUCCUCGGAUAGUCCGAGUGUCGAGAGCCGUGGGAGGCAAGGACAGGCACAGCAAGGUGAGCACGGUCCGGGGCUUGAGGGACCGGCGCGUGAGGCUCUCGGUCCCUACCGCCAUCCAGCUCUACGAUCUCCAAGAGAGACUAGGCCUCAACCAGCCAAGCAAAGUCGUCGAUUGGCUCCUCAAUGUCGCCAAAAACGAGAUCGCUGGCUUGCCUCCUCUCCAGAUCCCUCAAGGCAUCUGCUUCGGAGAAAAACAUAACGAGGCAAGUGAACAAGGCCAUGAAUUAAACCUUCAAAAUCCCUCCUCAUUUGCAACUUUAAUGACUUCCAAUUUGAGCCUUUCCCAAACCCCAAUGAGCCUCGGCUUGGCUGCUCCUCAACACCAAGAUUUCGCGUAUCAAACGGGGUCUUAUUUCGUGCCUCAGAUCGACAUGAAACACCCGAGCUUCCAUAGCUUGGAGAUGUCGAGUUCUACGCAUGUUAGGCCAUCUGAUUUCAACAUGAAUGUGGAUCUUCUGCCUUCUCAAAAUAAGCGCUUAGUGUGAUUUUUGUGGCUGGAGUUAAUAAGUUCAUACUCUAUAUGUUUUUCUCGAGAAUUUUGAUUUAUUUGUAUGCAAACCUAUAUAGCUAAACUAGGCCUGAAUCGCCUCUCACUUUUCGCAUUGCCAUUGGCAGGGAUGACAAAACCCUAGAAUGGUCCCGGUUGAAUUUCAAUUAAUUUUCUUUAUUACUGAUAAAAGUAAGCUGUAAAGGAGGGGGGGGGGGAUAAUUUAAAGGGUUUAUUAGGAGAUGAAUAAGAAAGGAACAGCUAUGGCAAUUGGCAGCUCGGAAUCACAGAGAGAUGAAAAGGAUCUGUGCCUAUUGUGUGUGGUCCAAAUUCAGAAAAAAAAGAUACACAGAGAUAGGGUAAGAGUUAGUAAAUUAGGGUUGUAUUUUUUAUUAUUUCAAUGUAUGUGUGUGGUGGGUAUUAAUCAUAUGCAAGGACCACAUUACUCAAGUUCGGGUCCCCAUUGGGUGAGGGUAGUAUUUAUCAUCAACACAUUCAUUGAGCUAUUUUAACUUUUUUUGUUUUUUGUUUUCCUCUACCAGUAGUUCCAUAUGUUCCUCUUUAUAGUUUCUUCAUUGAACCUAAACAAUGUAAGGAAGGACUUAUGGAUUUAAUACUUACAUUAAUUAAAUGAUCCAUAUUGCUUUUCCGAA